AUGACGCUGAUCCACACCUUUGACGAGAUCAACGCGACCACCUCCAUCGUCGAAACCCGCCCGAACGUCCUAGCAUUCCUAGGAGGCAACCAGAGCAGCCUCGGGGUCGGCAUCAACGGCACCUUUGGCGUGUGGGAGCUCGAUCUCCGCCCAACCCUUGACGGCAAGGGCGGCAAACCUGCCAUCCAAGAGCUGGUGCGCAUCCCCGACGGCGGCCUUCUGGCCGGAAUCAGGCCCCUCCCAGACGCCCUCGGCACGGUUCUCGUGAGCGAUUCCACGGCCGGCGUAGUCUGGAGGGUCGAUACCGUCACCCGGGAGUACGAGCUCGGUCUGCAAGACAGUGACAUGGUAGGCCCCGUGUGGGGGGCGACGCAGUUCGGCAUCAACGGGGUCCAGAUCCGCAAAGGCUACCUCUACUGGUCAAACAGCUACCUUGCGUCUAUUUAUCGCAUGGCGAUCACGCCAGAGGGUUAUGCCGCGCCCGGGGCCAAAAGCGAGCUUGUCGCCGCGAUGCGUGGAAUUUACCUCGAUACCUUUUGCUUCAGUGCCGAUGAGGACGAUGACACCAUCUGGGCCGCGACAAAUGCGGAUGAUCGGCUUGCGGCUAUCUCACCCGAUGGGACGGUCACGUAUGUGGCCGGUGAGCCCGACCAGAUGACGCUGGCAGGGUCCGUUGCACCUGCUUUCGGGACUUUGCCGGGGGACACUAAGACUAUCUAUAUCGCGACUUCCGGGGGCAUGGUGUUUCCUAUCAACGGGACUGUAAUCGAGGGGGGCAAGAUAGCAGCGGCUGAUACGACUGGCUGGAAAUGA